GGCGAGCGCCCCUCCCGGGAGACCCCGCGCCCGCGCGCACGCACCCAGGCGGGCGCGCGGCCGGUCUCCCUGGCGACGCGGACGCGGACGCCGCGGCGGGCGAGCGAGCGAGCGCGCCUUGGCCGGGUUCCCCUCCGCGAUGCGCCCGGGAAGGUGGUAGCCCAUGCAGGGCUCGGGCUUCCCGCCGCUGGGCCACCUGCCGCACUGGCCGCGCGCGGGGCAGCCGGAGCGGCCCGGCCGGCCCUACGCCCCGGCCGAUGCCCCCCCGCCGCCGCCGCCGCCGCCGCCCCUGGCGCCCGCGAGUCGGGCGGCCGCCGAGCUGGAGCGCAGCCUGCACUUCCUGCAGCAGCAGCACGGCGAGACGCUCCGGCAGCUGCACCAGGAGAUCGACCGCCUGAAGCGUCGCAACCAGGAUCUGCAGUAUCGGCUCAUCAUGCACCCGCUGAUCCAGCAGGCAGGCUUCCUCUCCGCGGACAGCGAAGGCUCCUUGGCCCGGCAGUCGAAGGGGAAGUGGGCCGGCAGGCUGAAGGCGGCGGAGGGGCCCAGAGAAGAUUCUGAGGAGCUGGGCCAGAAGCGAGCCGACAGAGAGUGUCCCCUGGAAGUGGAAACUGCCGAGGAAGGGAGCGUGGAGGGGGAGAGGGAGCCCGAAGGCCUCGACCUAGAGUCCGAGGAGGCAGAGGUGGCAGCCCCAGCCAGGUUUGCGAACGCGGGAGGUCGGCCCCUGUUUAUCCCACUGCCGGCGUGCACAAGAGCGCAAGACCAGCAGCAUUUUCUCAGUGGAAGUCUCAUGAUGCCAAGUCUGAACUCUGUGGUGGAUGGAGAUGCGGCAGUCUGCGACAGAACCACCUCGCCAAUUCCUUACCCCCGAUCAGGCCAGAGCAGAGCUGGAGAUGUGAAGGUCCCUGCUGUGUCUUCCAACCCCUUUUUGGUGAACGUGCUUCCCUCCUAUAUGCGGAAGCCCCCAAGCCUGGAGGAGUGUGAGGUGGUGAUUCGCCAGCUGUGGAAUAUCAAUCACAUGCAGAUGCAAGAGCUGAUGUAUUUGAGAACGUGUCUGGAUGACAUACACAAGACCAAAAGAAUUCCUGAAGAUUAUAUGUUGGCUGGUCAACUUGGGAGCCAGGAGAGCAUGAGGUUGCCCAGAGUGAGGAAUGUCCCCAAGAAAUGCCGGAUCCUGACCCCGCUGCCCGCUGCCGAAAGAGCCGUGCUGCCAGCCCUGAAGCAGACGCUGGGGAACGCCUUUGCUGAGAGGCAGAAGAGGGCACAAGCCAUCCAGAGGAACCGGCUCCACCGGACCGCCCUGUAGCCAUCCGACCAGUGCAGCCCGACCUGCCCCGA